AUGUGUCUCCACAGUGACCUGGAGGCUCUGCCAGCUCAGAUCACCAGAGAGGUCUCUAAGAAGGACCACCUCUUAGUGAGACAGGACCCCAAAGGGAACCGAAUUGCACAGUGGCUGACUGUUAAACCUGUGGGAGGUAUUGUGGAUCUGUCCUUCCCUCUGGCUGCAGAAGCACCGGUUGGAGAGUACACCAUCAAAAUGCCUGACCGCACACACACCUUCAGGGUAGAGGAGUAUGUGCUGCCCAAGUUCAGCGUCUCCAUCCAGAUGCCUCAGGUGGUCACCAUCUUGGAGGAAAACUUCCCUCUCCAAGUCUGUGGCAUGUACACAUAUGGGAAACCAGUCCAUGGUAGCGUGAAGGCUGUGGUGUGUCGUAAACAUAUCCACUAUAAUCGGAAGUCUUCCAAAGCCAAGCGCAGCAUUUGUAAGGAAUACACUGGGGUGGAGUUCAACACCACUGAAUACUGCAAGGUCACUUUUUAUAUUGGAACUCUCCAGUUCUGGGGGACAAGCUACUAUUAUCAGCAAGGAGCUCCCUACUAUGGAAAUCUGGAACUCAAAACUAUCAAUGGGACACACCUGAAGAACAAGAAGGUGAUUCUUAGUGUAUCCUAUGGUAGCAGGAAGCAGACCAAGACCUACUUCACAGAUGACAAUGGGGUGGCCGCUUUCAUCUUAGAGACGUCAGCCUGGGACAACAGCAGUAGAGUUCUGCUUCAGGCAAAGGCUCAGCCAGAGGACUUAAGCAGUCGAAAUGUGAAGGUGUCUUAUGGCACUGCAUCACUCACGCUGAGAGCCUUCUACUCUUCCAGCCGCAGCUCUGUGAGGAUCCAGCCAGUGCAGGCAAUGCCACCCUGCGGGGAUGUGCAGCAGGUCACUGUGCACUAUAGCAUAUUAGCCACAGAGCUGGGGGACAGGGCUACCACAGCAGACUUCUACCACCUGGUUUUGGCCAGAGGAUCCCUUGUGUAUCAUGGACAAACAACAGUACUUCUUGAUCCACCAUUAGGUCAGUAUAGUGGGGCUUUCAUUGUCACUCUGCCCAUUGACCUGAUUUCACCCAUGGCUACCCUCUUUGUUUACAUUGGCUUCCCUGAGGGACAAGUGGCAGCUGAUACCUUCCGUCUGAAAGUCUCCAAGUGUUUCAGGAACCAUGUGAAGCUUGGCUUCUCAGACACAGUGGCUCUCCCAGGAUCAGCUGUCCAUCUCCAUUUGCAGGCUGCACCAGGCUCCUUAUGUAGCAUCCGUGCUGUUGACCAAGGCAUCCUUCUCCUGAGGCCAGAGGCUGAACUAUCCAGGGAUAGUGUGUAUAAUAUGUUUAGCUAUUCUCAGGAGCACCCCAGCGUUCUCACAGACUUCUACAGUGACUACUGUACUAUUCACAAGAGUCCAGGAAUCAUCAGUUCUUCUGAGACUACCCUUCCACCAGGGACAAUAUCACCAUCCGUGUACAACUCCUAUGCAGUGUCCCAGCCAGAUGUUUAUGAACUUCUGAAGAAUUCAGGUCUAACAUUUUUAACCAGUCUUAAAAUCAAGUCUCCAAUUGAGUGCCGCACCCAGACCACUGUCUACUACGACUACAUGUCUUAUGACGAGCGGGCAGAACUGGACAACUCGGACCCAGAAACAGAUGCUGCUGUUGAACGUGCUGAGUCAGAGCACACUGAACUGGGUAGUGAGUCAGGGCCAGUACGUGCCUGGUUUCCAGAGACAUUCAUCUGGACUCUUGUUCCCAUCAAUGAUUCAGGGGCUGCUGAGCUGAGUGUCACAGUGCCUGACACUAUCACAGACUGGAGAGCCAUGACCUUCUGCACGUCAGAGAGCCAUGGGUUGGGCAUCUCAGAGACCACAAGCCUGCGAAGCUUCAAGCCCUUCUUCGUGGAACCCAUUUUGCCCCAUUCUGUUUUCCGUGGAGAGUCAUUUCCCCUGAAAGUCAAAGUCUUCAGCUACCUGAAGGAGUGCAUGACGCUUCAACUUAGCCUAAUGGACUCCAAGGAUUUUGAAUUUGUGCAUGCAAAUGUCCAGUUCACUACUUGUCUGUGUCCUGAUUCAGCAAAAACAUUUUUUUGGGAUGUGAAGGCUACAAAAUUAGGGAAGGUGAAUUUCACUGUCACUGCUGAGGCAAUAGACCAGGAAGAUGUUUGCAUUGAGAGUACAGCCGUUGUGCCGGAGUCUGGAGGGAAGGACACAGUGGUUAAACACAUGCCGGUGAAGGCAGAGGGGCUGCUGGAGGAAAAGACUCACACCUCACUCCUGUGCUCUGAAGGAGCUUCAGCUUCAGAGACAAUCACUUUCGCUAUGCCAGAGAACAUGGUCCUUGGGUCGGAGAGAGCUCACAUCUCUUUCCUAGGUGACAUUUUGGGGACAGCACUGGACAACAUAGGUGAGCUCCUCCAGAUGUCCAGUGGCUGUGGUGAGCAGAACAUGGUUCAUUUUGCCCCAAAUGUCUUUAUCACAAAAUACCUUGAAGAAACAGGACAACUGACUCCAGAAAUCAAACAGAAGGCAAUUGGCUAUCUGGAAAGAGGAUAUCAGCAGCAACUCCUGUAUAAGCACACAGACGGUUCAUACAGUGCCUUUGGGGAAGGAAGUGAGACAGGGAACACAUGGCUUACUGCCCUUGUCCUGAAGACCUUUAGCCAAGCCCGGGACUUCAUCCACAUAGAUGAACAAAAUAUAAAGGACGCUGCCAGUGCCCUGAUUAAAAGUCAGACUCCAUCUGGCUGCUUCAAGAGUGUGGGGAAGCUCUUCAACAACGGUCUGAUGGACCCAGUUGUGUGGAAAGCUUUGAAAUGUAUACAAGACCUGGUCAAUGCUGAUACUGGCAGUUCCAGCCUCUACAGCCUGGCACUAGCUGCAAAUGCCUUUGCAGUAGCAGGUGAUAAGGCCCUCAGGCAGAAAAUCCUCAAAAGAUUGGAUAAAGCCGCCAUAAUAUCAGAUGACCAAAUAUUCUGGAGUCAACAGUCCAAACAGGAAGAAGAUUCCCUAUAUUGGUAUCGGGCUCCAUCUGUUGAUGUGGAAUUGACAUCUAGUAUCCUCAUGGCUCACCUUACGAAGUCAAGUUUGUCUUCAGAUGAAAUCAGAAAGGCAUCUCAGAUUGUGUCUUGGCUCACCAAGCAGCAAAACCCAUAUGGAGGCUUUGCUUCUACCCAGGACACCGUGGUUGCUCUGGAAGCCCUAGCCCUGUAUGCAACCAGCAUCUUCAGCAAGGACCGUCCUGAUCUUCAGGUUUCUCUCACUUCUAAGGGGUUCAGCCAAGACUUCCAAGUAGACAGUAGCAAUCGCCUCCUGCUACAGACAGUGGAGCUGCCAGUCAUUCCCCAAGAUUAUACUGUGCGUGUGCAGGGCCAUGGGUGUCUCUUCCUGCAGGCCAUUCUGCGGUACCACACCCCUCCACUGAGGAGUGAAGCCACCUUUGCCGUGUCUGUGCAGACAGAAUGCACCGCACCCAAUGCUGCCCAGUUCCCUGUCACCAUCCAUGCUCGGUAG